CUACUUAAGGUCAUUGUAUUAUGUAGCAAAAUCAAAGCUGCGCAGGGCAGAGGAUAAAAUUAUGUAACAUGAUAUCGAAAUAAACAUACCAUAUAUUUUAUAACAUAUCAAUAAGUAAAUAGCACUUAAUGUUUCAUAUACCUGUGAAAAUAUUUGCCGAUGUUUUGAUACAUCUUACGGGGUUCAUGCGAACUAAAAAGAACGGUUACCACUGAAUGACGUGCUGCAUAUAUUUCUUGAUAGUAAAUUGUAAAUAUAUUGAAACUAGGUUAAUUAGGUAACACAAUAAACGUGUAGCCAUGACGGAUGAACCGAAAUUAGAUCACCGCGCAAAAAAAAGGAUCAAAGAGGUUAAAAGGAAAGCAAGACCAGUAUGACUAGAAGUAAUUGAGUCACCGUUUGUCUUCUUGUGACGCUCGUCGUUAUAAACAGAAUUUGGAUAUGUGAUACAAGACCGAACUAUCUUUGCCGACCUUGGAUGAUGUAACUUCAAAUUUACUGAAAGUAUUACGAUAACAAUAACUUGGUGAUAAGGCUGCCUGGAUCCAACAUGGCUACAGUAAAAAGUUUGAAUCAUUUUGGAAUUUUAUGGAUAAUGUGGAUCGUAUUGAUGAGUCUAAAGUAUCUACAGAGGAAUUUAUAGAAAAAUAUGAAAAACCUUACAAACCUGUGAUAAUACAAGGUGUUCAAAAUGAUUGGAAAGCCCAGUCUAAGUGGACUAUAGAGAGGUUAAUGAAAAAAUACAGAAAUCAAAAGUUUAAAUGUGGCGAAGACAAUGAAGGAUAUAGUGUAAAAAUGAAGAUGAAAUAUUAUGUACGCUAUAUGCUUAAUAAUGAAGAUGAUUCACCUUUGUACAUCUUUGAUAGUUCCUUUGGUGAACAUCUUAGACGAAAAAAAUUACUAGAAGAUUAUGUUAUUCCUAAAUAUUUCCGUGAUGACUUGUUUCAAUAUGCGGGAGAACAUAGAAGACCACCAUAUCGUUGGUUCGUUAUGGGACCUGCAAGGUCUGGUACAGGCAUACAUAUAGAUCCAUUAGGAACGAGUGCCUGGAAUGCACUGAUUUCUGGACAUAAACGAUGGUGUUUAUUUCCUACACAUACACCGCGAGAACUUCUUAAAGUAUCUGCAGCUGAAGGCGGUAAACAACGAGACGAAGCUAUUACAUGGUUUUCUGUUAUUUAUCCACGUACAAAAUUGCCUACUUGGCCACAAGAUUGUUUACCAAUAGAGAUUUUACAAAAUCCUGGUGAAACUGUUUUUGUUCCUGGUGGUUGGUGGCAUGUUGUUUUAAAUCUUGAUGAAACUAUAGCAGUCACUCAAAAUUUUUGUUCCCGUACAAAUUUUCCCGUAGUGUGGCAUAAAACAGUACGGGGAAGACCAAAAUUAUCAUGUAAAUGGUUAAAAGUACUCAGGGAUAAAGAACCAGAAUUAGCAGCAUUAGCUGAAACUAUAGAUGUAAAAGAAGAUACAGGUGUUGCCAGUGAUUCUUCCAGUGGUUCUUCAAGUAGUUCUUCAAGUAGUAGUAGUAGUAGUAGUAGUAGUCAAUCAGAAGACAGUACCGACGAUAGCGGUCAAGAAUCAUUGACAACACAUAAAAAGAAGAAGAGAAGAAAAGUAAAUAAUAGCCAACCCUGACAAUAUCAAGCAUAUGGGACCUACAGAGACCUCAGACUGUACAGUAUUAAUCAACAAUUAUUGUUCAUACUAAGAGUAUAUAUUAUGAUUAUUACCACCUUUAUGUUCAUAAUAAAAUAAAUGCUAGUAAUACCAAA